UGUCCAAGCAUUAAACAACGUCAUAUAUGGCGGGUCCCUUGUAACUACAGUUUGUCAUUCUACACCGCUAAUUAUUGAUACUUCUCCCCCAGUUUUUCACCAAGUGCCUGAUAUAAUGUUUGACGAAGAUUUCGACAUCCUGGCUGUUUAUUAUAAUGUGUCAGAUGAUGGAUCUGGUAUAAACAGAAUAGACUUUGGAUUAGGAAAAUCUAAACACGACAUCGAAGUGCGCGGAUACGUAAGAAGAAAUCAUAUGAACAGAUUUGAUCCAUAUUUUGUGGUGGAAAACUUGGAUUUAAAGCCCGGGGUGCCGGCCUGGAUAAGAGUUAGAGCAGUUAAUAAUGUUGAUCAAUUUGCAUCUGGGCAUGCGCCUCAGCCAAUCAUGGUAGAUAAAACUCCGCCUAUUGUAGGAGUAGUUAGUGAUGGAAACAAACUUCGACGUGACCUUCAAUAUCAGCACGAAACUAACAAAAUUUGUGCACAAUGGACUCAUUUUUAUGAUCCUGAAUCUGGAAUCAAAGAGUUUAUAUGGGGCGUUGGAAGUGCUCCGGAACUGGAUGACAUAGUACCAUUUAGAAAUUUUAGUCACCAUACAAAAAUGGGAUGUGCAGAAGCUAUCUUGAAGCACAAUAAAACCUACUAUUCUACCGUAAUUGCAUUCAAUGAUGCUCUUAAUUCCAAGAAAUCAAAUGGAUCCUCGGACGGGGUUUUAAUAGACGUAACACCGCCUGAUCCUGGAUUUGUGAACGAUGGCAUUGAUCAAAGUUUAGACAAAAAUUUUACAUCUGAGUCAGCAACUGUCCGCGCGUGUUGGGAAAAUUUCACCGAUCUAGAAAGCCACAUAGCAGAUUAUAAAGUUAAUAUCUACGUCAAUAAAGAGUUGAAAAAAUCAUUUAAUAUGGAGCAGGAGAAAAUAUUCGAAGAUCAUUCUUUCUCCCUUCAUCAUCUCGAUUUUGUCUCUGUUGAAAUAGAAACAAAAAAUGGCGCCGAACUAAAAAUAGUGAAGUCUUCUGAUGGUGUUUUAGUUGAUCAUACACCUCCUAAUGUGAUCAUGAUAAGGGACUGCCUUUCUGGCAAUGGGUACCAGGCUGACGAUAAAAAUAUUUUUCUGCGUUGGAAAUUUGAAGACCAGGAGUCAGACAUUAAAGAAUACAGAGUCCUUAUUAACCGUCUGGAAGCAGGACAGAAAUUAAAGAUAUGGCCAGAAAAUAUGGAUUAUCAGAUCUUUGAAAGUAGUUCCAAAGAAGCUGAAAGAUACAAUAUAUCUCUGUCUUUGGCAUCUGGUUAUAAAUACUUUGCACAUAUCACAGCCAUAAACAGAGCCGAUCUCUCUACCACACACGAAUCCAAUGGUGUUGUGAUCGACAUAACACCACCGACACUUAUCAAAGUUCACAUCGGUGAAAUUAAAGAGGAAGAAGAACUUGAUGAAAAUGGAUAUAUUUUGCAUGAUUCUCCCUCAAGCAUGACAAUAAGCUGGAAAGCUCGUGAUUUUGAAAGUAAUCCGGAGAAGAUAUUUGUUGCCAUUGGAACUGAAAGUAAUAUCCAGGAAGAACUUCCUUGGUUCACUAUUGAUGGCGAAAAAGCCUCUGUUUUGAUCGAAAAUCUUAACAUAGUACCAACCGCAAAAUCUAACAAAACUUAUAUCGUUUCUGUCAAAGUAAAAAAUCGCGCAGGACUUGUUUCAAAGAUUGUGAAAUCUAAGCCAAUCUAUGUUCAAAGUGAAAAUGUCCCUGGUAUAAUUUUCGACGGAAGAAAUCUCUUGAAAGCCGAAGAUUAUCAAAUAGAUAAAACAUCUAUUGCGAUGUCCUUCACUGGAUUCGAAAGUGAGGCUUGUAAUAUUAUAGGCUACAACUGGGCGGUAGGGUCCAGUCCAUAUUUCACCGAUAUUCUUCCGUACACAGAAUACGGAAUUGUGUUGAGAAACAAAACCGUCGGUCAUGCACAAAUACAUCUGAAACUCUUUGAAGCUGAAACAUACUUUGUGACUGUAAGGGCAAAAACAGGACAUAAUUGUCGAGAGUCAUAUAUCGUGUCCACAUCAAAUGGAAUAAAAAUCGACUCUAGUCCUCCCAAAUUUGUAUUUAUCCACAAUACUAAGUCUACAUCACUUAAUAUAGCGAUAUUUCAAAAAUCUCUUGACUCCAUUGAUCUUAAGUGGGAAGUAAAUGACCUGUCAUUGAUCGUAAAUCAGUCUGUUGCACUGAGAAAACAACCAUUUUCUGAAGACAUCUGGCAUUCAAAUGACCCAUCUCUUACGUCUGUACCUGCUGGAAGUGUCCAAUUGGAGACAGGACAGGUGUUAUUUCUAACAAUAAACUCCACAGAUAGUGCAGGGUUGAGCAAUUCUGAUAUUUCUCCUCCAAUAAUGAUCGAUAACACGAUACCUUCUGCUGUCGAUUUUAAAUGCACGCCAGUGAUAUCAGUCGCAAAAUCUCUUGUCGAGUGUUCAUGGUUAACACUGAUAGAAAAUGAGAGUAAAAUAUCAAAAGUGCAAUUGGCAGUUGGAACUCAACAUUUGAUUUAUAACAUUAUGAAUUUUACUGAAAUUCCGAAGUUUAGAUACACGUGGAUACGAGAUUUUAAAGCAAUCAUAAAAGACCGUGAUAUUUCAAAAAUUUACAUCUCGAUAAAGAUUUCUAACAUCUUGGGUAAUUUCCUCAGAUUAGAAUUUCCAAUUGAUGUAGACAGAACUGAGCCGGAAGGAGGAGAAGUUUAUUUUGUAACGUCAACGAGAUCAGGAGGUAUGAGUUGGAGAAAACAAGAAUGUCAGCAACCUGUAUCCUAUGCAGAAAUUUCUCUUAAAAAUUUUAAAGAUGAAGAAACUGCAUUAGAAAAAAUUGAAGUAGGUCUCGGGACGUUACCUGGAAUCACAAAUAUUUUGGAUUAUGUUACAGAAUUAUAUAGCAAUUAUACGUUUUUAAAUGAUGUAGCUUUACCAGUCGGAAAAAUGGUAUAUGCGACAGUAAGAGUGUUUAAUAGUGUAGGGCUUUUUAAAGCAGUUGUCUCUGACCCAGUUGCGAUAAGCCCUAACCCUUCAUUGUCAGUCAUUGAUGGAUAUAGCCCAACAAAUGAUGAAGAUUUUCAGCAUCGGACUUCAGAAAUGAGCGGAAAGUGGAUCUACUCGGACCCGUGUCGAGUAGUGAAAGCUGUAUGGGCCAUUGAAGACAUCGAGGGCAAUGUCGUUCAGAACUUCACAAAUAUCCAGGGUGCCAGAACUCACUUUUUUAAUGAUGAACUUCUUUUAAGAAAUGGAAAGACAUACAUUAAUAUAAUUCGCAUAACUGAUGCUCUUCAAAGAACUUUUCUAUCACGGUCAGAUGGAAUAGCUGUACGAAUACAACCACCGGAUCCUGGAUUCGUUCGCGAUGGACUAGGAGAUGAUCUGGAUUACCAGGCAUCAUCUAAUAAAAUAUCAGCAAACUGGGAUAUAUUUGGAAAUGACAUGAAAAAGGAUCCUACCCAAACAAUAGUUAAGUACAUGGUAGCCAUUGGUAAUGAUCGAAGAUACAGUUAUACAAGGAGCAAUGUCCAUACUUUUGUUGAUGUUGGUUUGAAUAAAACUUACACAUUUACACACCUAAAUUUGACCGAGAAAACAGUUACUUAUUACGUAUCAGUCAAGGCCAUAAGUCUAGCUGGAAGUGAACAGGAAUCUACAUCGGAUGGAGUAAGGGUUGGUUUCAGAAAUGGAAUAACACCUGGAAAAAUACACUAUGAUCGUUUUCAAGCAAUGACAGAUAAAAUUAAUGUAUUUUGGAGUAAUUUCGGUUCAGAUCUUGGUAUAAGGCAGUAUUAUGUGGCUAUUGGGUCUUCUAAAACUUUCUUUUAUAAUGACACCUCUGACUGCUCUGUAUUAAGUGAUACAUACGCAAAACACUUUGAUGUACUCUUGCCUAAGGGUUGUGGAUUAAAUACAUAUGUCACCAUAGAUAAUUUACAGCUAAGACAUGGAUCAGAAUAUUUUAUUACGGGUACAUUGGGAACACGGAUUGGAUAA